GCAGAGGGGCCGAGAGCUGGCGGCGGCGGCGGUCGUGAAGGGCAUCGGUAGCGGCGGUGAUGGCAGUGUCGAUCUGAAGAUGGAAAGAGCCAGGCGAAGGGGAGGCGGCGGCGGCCGCGGCCGCGGAGGCAAGAAUGUAGGGGGCUCUGGCCUAAGCAAGAGUAGACUCUAUCCCCAGGCCCAGCACUCCCACUACCCCCACUACGCGGCUUCAGCCACCCCUAAUCAGGCUGGGGGCGCAGCCGAAAUCCAGGAGCUGGCCUCCAAACGAGUGGACAUCCAGAAAAAGAGGUUUUACCUAGACGUAAAGCAAAGCUCCCGGGGCCGGUUCCUAAAGAUAGCCGAAGUCUGGAUAGGGAGAGGCCGGCAGGACAAUAUCAGAAAGAGUAAACUGACACUGUCCCUGUCUGUGGCAGCGGAGCUGAAGGACUGUCUAGGGGACUUCAUCGAGCAUUACGCCCACCUGGGCCUGAAAGGCCACCGGCAAGAGCAUGGCCACGGCAAAGAUCAAGCCUCCAGGAGGAGACAGAAGCACUCGGCACCCUCCCCACCUGUCUCUGUAGGGUCCGAAGAGCACCCUCAUAGUGUCCUCAAAACAGACUACAUAGAGAGGGACAAUAGGAAAUAUUAUCUAGACCUAAAGGAAAAUCAACGGGGUCGCUUCCUAAGAAUUAGACAAACCAUGAUGCGAGGGACGGGCAUGAUAGGUUAUUUUGGUCACAGUUUGGGCCAAGAACAGACUAUUGUGCUCCCCGCACAAGGAAUGAUUGAGUUUCGUGAUGCCUUGGUUCAGCUCAUUGAAGACUAUGGCGAAGGGGACAUAGAAGAACGAAGAGGUGAAGAUGAUGACCCACUUGAACUCCCAGAGGGGACUUCUUUCAGAGUGGACAAUAAAAGGUUCUACUUUGAUGUGGGCUCUAAUAAAUAUGGAAUUUUCCUGAAGAAGGACUCAGAGUCUGUCAGAUGUCCUUGGGACCAGAAGGGGUACUACGAUGAUUUGGAGAGAGAUGAAAACUUUGGGGCUAUGAGGUUUCAACUACAACUAAACCAUCCCCAUUCUCUGCUAGAAGAGUAUAAAACACUCAAAUUUCCCUAAAUCCAGAGAGAAUAUCAACCCUUUUCACUGUUGUCAAAUCCAGCAUAAGGAACAGCCCUAUGACACUACAAAAACAGUUGAGGAAUAAGGAAUAAGUCUCUUAUGUUACACUUCAGAAUAAAGGCAUUGUGUGAACGAAAUGAACCGAAGUUCAUCGUGAAUGCAAGGCUUCUGUACUUGACAUUCCUCCACCGAAGGGAAGACAAGUGUCAACACCAUUGGCAUCAUUUUCAAACUGAUCUUAAGUGGAGUAUCUUCCACCACACUGGAGUACUUCUUGACUCUUACCGGGUUUUGGUUUGGGUUUGGUUUGGUUUGAUUCAUCGAGGCUUUCAGUUUACAAAAAAAACCAUUUGUCGGCACUGAGGUAGAGAGACAUAGAUUUGAAAAUACUUUCUUAAGAGAUCAUGUAACUAUAUAACUCAAUUUCAAAAGAGGAGGAGGGAUAGUUUCAACCCACUGCCUCUCACAAGAAACAUGUUUUUAAAUCUGUAACUGUUUUAGUGUUAACAGGGUACAAAAUGUUUUUGUCCUGUAUUGUACUUAAAGGUUCUCAUUGAUUGGUGAUUGUAUUGUACUGUAUGAAAACAAAUCAUAAAUUGCCUUGUAUUGUUUAUAAUAGACCAUACCACGUACUACUUCAGUUUUUAUGUUCCAAGUUUUCCAGUGAUGCAUGUUAACAGUUAGGUCCUAAAAUUCUGUGGUGCUAAUCCUUCCAUAUCCAAUGGUGCUUUUGUGGAUGCUAACUGCACACAUGCUGAACAAAGCUUGAAGUUUAAAACUUUCCUCCCUUCCUCUGUUUAUAUAAAGUAAAAUGAAAUAACUUGAAUUUUGUCUCAAAGUAUCACUGACAAUCUAAUAAACUGGUUUAUAUGUGUGAUUAGUUUGGAUUCUUAAUUAUUUUUCAGAAAGCAGAUUAUUUCUACUGGGCCCUUCAGUCAACCAAAAGUUGAUUUUACUAUGUGUUUAUUUCAUUAUGUCAUUUGUGCCCCAAAUUUUGUGGUAACUCUGGGAAGUUAGAUCCAGUUGGCCUAGCUUCCAUAAGCAAGUCUAUGUUGGAUCUACAAAAACUAGACCUAUCAGACAUGGAAAUUAGUACGUUGAGAAAACCAAAAAUGUGCCAUUAGGGUGCCUUUGUUUAUUUCAGUAUUUUAUUAAUAAAGUUUUAUUAUCUACUUGAUCCAUGAUAACAUUUGCAUGGAAACAAGCAUGCCUUCCGAACCUUUAUUAUGGCUCAAAUGACAUUGAAAAGGUCAUUCCUGUAUGCUGAUAUUUAAACUAAAAGUUCCACUUCACAUGUCUGAAAACAUGGACAGAAAAAAUAAAAUUGGACCUUUCCAGGACAAACUGAUUCCAUAUGCCAAAAUGGCAUGGUCUUACUGGAAUUUUUAAUUUUAGCAUCAGCACCAAGAAUCACAGCAUUAGGACAAGUGAGGCUGCUAUCCUCAUGAGGGCAGAGGUCUGCUUCUCCCACGCCAGAGAUAAAGUCAGUAUUAAGGCAGAACUUGCAUUCUAAUCUUGGUCUUUUGCCUAACCCGUGGGUAACCUUAAAUUUAAAAAGAAAAGAUCAAAACAAAUCUAUUAAGGCUCUUCAAGCAACAAUCAUUGAUCUCAAAUAGAAGAUGAGCAAACCUGUCCAUCUAAUCUAGUGGGCCCAAUGACUGAAAUGACAUUCCCAUGCUGCUGUGGUUCUUUAUUUUAUAGAGUGUAGGUGCCGCAAUUUUGCCUCAAAUAGUUAUUGCAUCAUGUCUAACUUCUAAUAUCAGAAAAUAAAGUUUACAGAAUAGAGCCAGUAUGAACACUGGGCUUGCAUCUCCAUGACUAUCUUGAACAAAUGCAGUAUUUACUAAAUCACAGCUUCUCCAAAGAUAUUUCUACUGUAUAUUUUUGUAAUUACCUUUACAGCAUUCCAUUUUAUGAAAACUGGCAAAUAAUGAAUGUGCUACAAAAUAAUUUCAGGUCUUCUUUAAUCAAAAAGAGAGAGAAAGUCGGUAGGUCUAUGAAUGUUUUAGAGUAUCUUUACUUCUGCGGUAAUAU